AUUUUAAGAUGCUCGUGCAUAACGUGUAAAAACUAAUACAUAUCACUUUUGACCGUUCCAAUAAUACUUAAGAACAAUGAUAUAAUGUAAAGGCUAUAAAACAGCAGGCAUGGAUGAAAGCAUAACAUGCAAUACAAACAGAAACAACAAAAUUCCUCGUUAAAGACCGAUUAAAGGCUGAUUCAUGGCGAUAUCUCAUGUUCAACCUGUUCUUCUUCUCCUCGCAUCACUCUUCUUUAUACCCGCUCUGCAUGCUCUUGAUUUCGAAUACUGUAACAAAAGUGGAUACGAAUUUGGUAAUGUCUCUAGUGUGGAGAUAUCUCCGAACCCCGUUGAUCUAGACGACGAGCCAAACAUUACGGUAUCCGGUUAUGCAAAUCAAGGCAUCGAUUAUGGAUCUAUAGAGGUGCAUGUUACAGCUGGGGAUGUUACUCACCUUAUGAGACGCUACUUCCUCUGUGUGGUUGGUGAUUCAUGCGCUAUUGAAGCUGGCACCAACUUUGUGUUACCUCUUACCGAAAUUCCUGUAGAUUAUACUGAGGGUGCGGCCAAGUAUGUGUAUUCCAUACGUUUGAUUGAUGACGAUGUCAAAGACGCCGAAGAAUCAAUACUAAAAUUAUGUGUCCAGUUCGAGUUACCUCUAAUAGAUCCCAGAUCGGUUUCUGUUUUGUCAAGUUGAUUGGUGGAAAAUAUAUUUUCAAGUCUUUAUAUGAGUCUUGUCUCUCUGGUUCUCUCUACUUGCAUAUUUCCGCUUUUGAUGUAACAAUAAUAUGCAGUAAAUAAAAUCAAAAAUCCUUAACAUGGGUUGAAAUAUAUCUUUUGUUGAUUAAUUAAUUUGAUAUUUCAAAUCAAGCUGAAAAUGAUAAUGACUGAAAAACAGAGUUGAAAGGAGUGGCAACAAAGCUGAGUGACCAU